CAACUUCAAAAAAGAUAACGUUUUCACAUCCCUAAGAAGUACUGAUAAAAAAUAUAUUUUUAUUAUUCAUUGGCUUUGAAAUUAAAGAAGAAAAAAAUAUAAGAAAAAUGCCGGCCUUUCACUCGGAGAUUCAGGACUUCCAAGGAUCGGUGGGCAAUAUGGCCAUCCUACCAUUACGAACUCAAGUCCGAGGACCAGCGCCCAACGUUGAUAUUCCCAACGAUAUCAUCGAUGAGUCAUUGUACUACUGGAAGUCAAACAUUUUCUUUAGAACAUAUGAAGUUAAGUCGGAAGUGGAUCGGGUGCUUAUCUACAUAACGCUGUACAUAACCGAAUGUUUGAAGCGAUUGGCCCGCUGCACAAGCAAAGUGCAGGGUGAACAGGAGCUAUAUAGCCUGGCUAUAUCUCGGUUCGAUCUGCCCGGCGAUCCGGGAUUCCCCCUGAAUGCGAUAUACACCAAACCCGAAGAUCCUGAAACUAUGCGUCAGUAUUUCCUGCAACUGCGCCAGGAAACCGGAAUACGAUUGCUGGAAAAGGUCUUUAAUACUCCGGAUGACAAGCCCAGCAAGUGGUGGAUAUGCUUUGCCAAGAAGAAGUUCAUGGAGAAGAGUCUUUCGGGACCAGGAAUGUAGAAAAAAAGGUCCAUUUUCGUCCAUAUAUACUCUAUAAUAAUACAAAAAUAUACUGCCGACUUAAAAAAAAUAUUAUAAUAAGCUAAAAAAAAACCAAUAUUAUA